AUGGCGCCGCUCCCUGUCGAGGAUGGUAGUCUAGCCAGUCUGCUACGCACAGAUUGGGUUUCCAAAGCCCUGGCGGACCCAUGCUUCUUGCAUGCUACGCUGUUCUCCGCAUCAGCUCACCUGGAUGCUUUUCAGCGCAGAAGCAAUAAUCAUGUAACAACAUAUCACUAUACGAUGGCCCUGCGGCUUCUUCGUGAGAAGCUUGAUUCUCCUAGUGAGGCGAUCGUAUUCGAUCUAGAUCUUGCCAUUCCGGGCGUGGAAGUUCCAGCAACACCAUUAACACCGCCGGCAGGCCUGCUCACGGCCGCUUUGAAAAGGGCUACGCGUCAGACUGGAUACUAUAACCUCCCCCGCAGAGCGAUCACGAUCUUACAGGACAUCAGCCUCGUCUGCAAAUAUUCGGAUGCACGAUACGUGGGUGCUACAGACGAGGGACGCUUGUAUGACUCGACCAAGGCCAAGUGGCGUGAUCAGCUACAACGAAAGAUCAAGCAAGGUCUCGAUGUACCGGACAAGACGCAUCCAUCCACCCCCAACGGAGUCUUUCAAUCCUGCCACGCCGCGGCUUUGUUAUUCUGGUAUCUUUUCGAUAUCUACUUCUCCGUCGACGCAACCACGUUAGAGGCCCUCGUCCAAACUCUGAAAAGUGCCUUGGUCAAAGCGUCGAUGGACACCUGGAUCAGGUGCUCCCCCGAAGCACACACAUGGAUCUGCCUGGUUGGAGCGGUGGCCACUACGCCGUAUAAACAACUUUUCACCAAAUCUGCUGCAGAUGGUCCAGUCUUAUUGCCGACCGCCCUGAGAUUAAUACCUAAAACUUUAAUUACUCUAGUAACGGUCUAG